UGGGGAGUCGUGCCGUUCUUUUGAAACAAAAGUAGGCUGUUCUUUUUGCAAGCUUGGAGGCAUAUAUAUACACGAAGAGCAAGCGAGUGCGCUGCGUUUUCGCUCAACACGGAUCGAGUUGAGGGCUUUGCGUGGCUUUGUGCUGGCGCCGUGGGAGAGCGAAGAAGAAGAAGAAUCCCGUCGUCGUGGUGCCCCCCUCGCCGUGCCGUGGCGUGCUCCGCGCUGUUGGGUACACCGCCAGCUGCUAGGGGGGUUGGUAGAGAUACGGCGGGGAGGAGAGGCACGCGGCCAGAAGAUAACGGAGCUUGGAGCCGCCCCACCCCCCCACCACUGCAUUAUUCCAGGGGUUCAUGAGCCGUCAAGAGCGCCCUUGGUCCCAUGUUCUGCACUCUAUGGCGGCGCGAUGCCCCAGUAAAGCCAUGGUGUCGCUGGGCUGCAACAUGCUCAGACCGGGAAGGAGGAUUCUUCAAUCAAAACUGGCCCAUUGUAUGAGGAUGAAGAUGAACAAGGCGGUGCGGGUCGGGGUUGUGGCGCUGGUGCUCGUGUGCCUUUACAACGUCUUCCAAGUCACCACGUGGCUGGGAGCCUGGGCCGAAGGGCGAGGGUUCAGUCUGCAGGACCGCACACAAGAGUUUGACAAGAGGAUCGUCGUGCCCAUGUGCGUGCCCAGUCACGUGCAGGAGAAGUUCAAGGCCUCAUAUCCUGGGGUGGACUUGAGCCAGGCCGGCAACCCGUUCCUGGGAGAAAAGGACAUGGAGAGGUUUCGAUACCAAAAUCAGGACAUUCGGCGCCACAGAAAGGCCUGGAUCUACACAAUGGAGCAGCUGCCCUACAAGAUAAGAACCGUCUCUGACAGCAUGAACAUGAGAUCCCUUUUGCAACUCCUGAAACAUCCACUUUCCGUGGACAAAUUAGCAAGUGCGCAGUGCCGGCGCUGCGUCGUGGUGGGCAAUGGGAACGUGCUCAAGGACAGCGGCCUGGGCAGCUGCAUCGACUCCUACGACAUCGUCAUACGCAUGAACGACGCGCCGCUGCGCGGGUUCUCCCGCGACGUGGGGAACCGCACGUCGCUGCGGCUCUGCUACCCGGAGUCGUUGCCGGACACGAGCGCCGAGCACGACCGCUCCUCCUUCCUCGUCUUCCUGCCCUUCAAGUCGCGCGACCUCCAGUGGCUGUUGGCCGUCCUGCGCAAGCAGCCCGUGAGUACGCACGGGUUCUGGAAGACUCCGCCGAAGGCAACGUCGUUCGCGAGCGACCACAUGAACAUCAUCAACCCCGAUCUCAUCAAAGUGGCCGGGCAGCACUUCGUCGGAAUCUCUCCGGAGAAUCUCAUCUCAGCGCCCCUGACUCCCACAACGGGCAUCAUCGCCAUCACGAUCGGGCUGCGUCUGUGCGACGAGCUGCACAUCGCCGGCUUUGGCUACAACGCCAGUUCACCGGACAACCCGGUGCAUUACUACGGCAACGACACCAUGUCCUUCAUGAACAAGUCAACGACCCACAACAUCACGGCGGAAGCAGCUUUCAUUCACAAGCUCGUGGAGGACCGAGUUAUCCUGGACCUGACGAGGCGGAGCAACAACCACGAUACUCGGAAGAAUGAACUGUGCAAAACCACGUGACGUUAUUUAACAACAAAAAAUUACGCAAUUUUUUUUAGCAUAAUAUUGAAGUUUUUAAAUGUAUUACCAAUUCACAUUCCAACGAUACUCCGAUGACGACGACGAUGGCGACGAUGACAAGUCUGACUAUAUCACGAGCUGAUGAACGCGUUGUUUACGUAAGAAACCGCUCGACGCGAACGGCACGGCAAAUGAGAAAGUGGCCGUAGAAGACGAUGUCAUGGAACUAACUCUGAGGUCGCUUCAAUUGGUGUCUAAUCGACGCUGGACGGUGGAGCGUUCCACGUGCCGUGCGGCAGUCGGUAGCGGUGCUCGGCGUAAAGCAAACCAAGCAAGAGGCCUCGGGGGCCCCACGUAGCUCGAAGGGACCCGGAAUCACGACCCAGAUUAAACCCAUCUCCAUCUUGUCUACAUCUCUCAUCUCACUGUACCUAUUUCACCUGUAUCUCUCUUGUCAUCUCACUACAUCCCUACGUCAUACUGCUUUGCACUGGCUUCGGGAAGCUAAUGUGAUUGAGCUUAUUGGCUUGUGAUUGGUCGAUCGCACUUUCAAGCCAAUUUUCUAAAUGAUGGUUUUCACACGAAAAUAAAAGCUAUCCACGUUUCCCGCCGCCCCCCCCCCCCCCCCCCAUUUUAUUUAAUUUUAGUAAGCUGUUGUCCAUUUCAUUUUUUUUUAGAACGGAAAAGAAAAUUGGAAAAUCCGUUUCAAUGUAUGGAAAUGAAUGUGGCGUGUGCAAGACGGCAUAAUACCGCCGCUGCCUUAUCUGUAGAUGCUCAAGAAAUGUCAGCGGUGAAUGUCAUGAAGAGUGACUACAGUGUCAUACGAACGACACUACCUGCAACAGAAAGUUGCGGGGUUUUUUUGUUUGUUAAAUCGUCGUAGCAAUUAAGUUUUAUUGAUUGUAAAUAAUGUAAACCUUAGACAUAUCACGUCACCGCGUGGGUUUUCCACGGUUGUGCCGCCGUGCGGCUCCUCCGAUGUGUUUUUUUUUCGGGUUGUGUUGUUCGGAAAAAAACGAUGUUUGACGUUUUUGCUCCCAGCAGUUUCUGAAGAAGCUCCCCAGCAGCGCUUGUAGCGAAACGUUGAGCACCGUGCAAAACUUGCCGGAACAACCCCACGGAGAACGCAGCAGAGAGUCAUGUCCUGUCAUAUAAUUUAAACAACUAUAGAUUUUAUUUUUACAUCAAGACAAAAGUAGCUCUCUCCGCUGUGUUCUUGGGUCAUACUGCGUGCUGUGUGAGCUGUUCUGCGUGAUGUCCGACGCUUCGUUCCAGAGAGCAUCUUCAACAACCGAGCAACACGUGGGGGAGCUAUGCGGCACAAUCACGAAGAGCCCUCGUGGGCGUAUCCAAGACUCAUUUUACAGGGGGCUACUGCUUGGAAUUGGGCGGCCAAUUCCAUUUAAGAGUUCAGACACAUUUCUGAAGUGAUCACAUACCUGUCAACCCCGUAUCGGUGCCCUACCUUUAUAAAAGACCAAUUCAGACAUUAUUGGUCAACCCGUGCCCUUUACAAAUCCCAACGUUUAUCCUACAAAGUCCCAUCACAAGGGAGAAUCACAAAUAAAUAGACAAAUGUGUUUUGCCCGUAUUGAAACGGCUGUACGCGGUAUGGACCUGAAAACUCCAUUACCCUGUACAAGAAUACGGGUAACCCGUAUGGGUUGACAAAUGUAAUCUUAUCCCUACUGAAACUAAAAUAAACACAUUACCAAAAUAAUGUGAAAUACAGUACAACAAUUUGAAAACAUUGUCAACAUUUCUACUUGUAGGAAUCCGACAUUAUGGCAAGAGAGUGAAUUGGGCUGAGCCUGAUUGUAUCAAGAGAAUGAUUAGGAGUGUCCCUUGUCAUUAACUAAGGACAACUAACAUGUGCGUAUAUAUUGUCGGGUGUAUUGCACAUUUUUACAUUAAUGUAUUUUUUUAUUAUUAGAAUUAUCGUCUCGUUUGUUUAAAUGUCUAGUGCCUUAAUAUUAUAUAAUGUGAAAACCACUGACAAUGCUACUGUAAAUCUGUUGGAAGGCUGAAGGGUUAUUGAGCAUAGUUUCAUAACCCUUCGUUGUCUCUCUGUUUAGUCAUUUUCUGCUGCUAAGAAAAUUGUGUUGUUUUUACAAUUUUAACAGAUGAUUAAACAACACCGGCUUAA